CUAAUGCUCUGGGGCGUCUUCUAAGAAGCCUGCAUACGGAUCAUCCCAUCCUGCAGCCAUUCCUCUGCUUGACACAAUGCGUCCAUAUCGACAUCUAGCAACAAAGUUGUGUGCAGGCAGUCAUGGGGCUUCAAUCGUUGUAUGCCGACACAAUGCCAAUCGAGGUGCAAUCCCUCGCCAUGGAAGUGAUUUGCGCCCUCGUGUAUGCAUGAGCUCGCUAGUGGCAGUAAACACGUCUCGCAGACUGCAUACCGAAUCCAUACAUUCCAACAAGGGAUCUUUGAGCCAUUUCGAAAUACGCACCGAUGGGACACACCCUGCCAUCUUUUCUUCACCAUCCCAAGGGAACAGCGCUGCUCUUGAAGCAAUACCUCCUAUAUGGCUAAGGGACAACUGCCAAUGCUCCAGCUGUGUUCAUCAAGACACCAAGCAGCGAAACUUCGACACCUUUGAACUUCCACCAAAUCUGUCCUUCCAAAAAGUUGAAGAGGCUCAAAAUGGAUACCAAGUGCAAUGGAGCGAUGGCCAUGAGAGUUUUUACGAAAAGGACUGGCUGGCCAGAGCAGGUCUCAAAGAGACAAGUGCAAUUCAGCAAGGGCGUGCGCCAAAUCCUGUUCUCUGGAAUACCGAUUAUCUUGCAAAAGAAGGGGCCCCCUCUGUGCAAUACGAUGCAGUAAUGGACCCGACUUCUGAAGAGGGUGUUCGCGAAUGGGUCACUGCAAUUCGAAACUUCGGUUUCUGUUACGUCGAGGGUGCCCCUGUCGACCCUGGAAAGACCCAAGAGCUGUUGGAACGCAUCGCAUUUAUUAGAGAGACGCAUUAUGGUGGCUUCUACGACUUUACCGCAGAUCUGGCAUCCAAAGACACCGCCUACACCUCCAUUGCACUCCCAGCUCACAACGACAAUACGUACUUUUCUGACCCAUCUGGUCUGCAAAUGUUCCAUCUCCUGUCUCACACAGAAGGUGAAGGUGGAGCUUCGCUACUGGUCGAUGGAUUCAGUGCGGCAAAAGAACUAAAGGAGACUGACCCAGAAGCUUACAAGAUUCUAAGCGAAGUUCCUGUGCAGUUUCAUGCCAGCGGGAAUGAGGGCAUCAGUAUACAACCAUAUCAAGCCUUCCCAGUUUUCUUGCUCGAUCCAGUCGACAAAGAGCUCAUCCAAGUAAGAUGGAAUGAGUCGGACCGAGCAGCGUUGCAGAUUCACCCUGCUGGAUCUCAAAAAUGGUAUAAUGCAGCCAAGAAGUUCGACACGCUGUUGAAGAGCGCAAAGUACGAAUACUGGGAACAGCUUAAGCCUGGAAGGCCAUUGAUCUUUGACAAUUGGCGUAUCAUGCAUGGUCGAUCUGCUUUUACUGGGAAGCGUAGGAUCUGUGGCGGCUACAUUACUCGAGACGACUACAUCUCGCGCUUCAAAAUGCUAUACUACGGCCCGGAGCAUGUGUUGAAGAACAUUCAUGUGGGCGCUUAAAAUCACUGGAAAUCUGAGGGAGGCUGGGUGAUAACAUGGCGAACGUGGCAUACAAGAGCUGUUGUGUAUCUCGCAUUGAAACAGGGCUCGAAUAUAGUCUUAGCCUAGAUGAUACACUAAUAACCAUAUAUUGUUGCUUGUCUGA